AUGAAUGGAACAAUAAAAAGAAGCAAAAUUAUUUAUCGUUCAAUACCAAUAAUUGUUCUACAAAAUUCUUCGACAAUAAUAGGUAUACUAGAUACACUUAAUGAAUCAACAUUACCAAAUAUUUAUUUAAGAAAUAUUACUUUAGCACAACAUAUCGCUAGACAUGAUCAUUAUGAUAUGAAUAAAACAUUUAAACUUGUUUUACGACAUGCAAAAACAAUUGGAUCAAUGAAAUAA